UGGCACUUGGCUGUGAAACUGGAGAGAGCUGGUUUUCGUUUGCACUUUAGUUCCUGUCAGGAAGGGAGCUCUGAGAUCUGAGUUAAUCCCAGUUCUAAGGAUGUCUCAAUUGCUCUGGCCUCUUGUGAGAUUCCUGCUUCUGAUCGAAGUGGCAGCCUCUGUGAACUUUUUCCACCACCGCUAUGAGCAGCUGGUGCAGGCCCUGUUCAAUGUGCACAACGAGUGUCCUGAUAUCACCAGGAUUUACACUAUUGGCCGCAGCAUCCAGGGGAGACAUCUCUACGUCCUGGAAUUCAGUGACAACCCUGGAAUCCACGAACCCUUGGAGCCAGAGUUCAAGUAUGUUGGGAACAUGCAUGGGAACGAGGUUCUGGGCAGGGAGCUGCUGCUCCAGCUCUCUGAAUUCCUGUGUGAGGAGUAUCGCCGGCGGAAUGAACGGAUCACACGGCUCAUCUGGGACACACGCAUCCACAUCCUGCCCUCCAUGAACCCAGAUGGAUAUGAAGUGGCUGCCAACCAGGACCCGGACGCCAUUGGGUACCUGACGGGCAGGAACAAUGCCAACGGAAUUGACUUGAACCGUAACUUCCCCGAUCUCAACACUUUCAUGUACUACAAUGAAAAAAACGGUGGCCCCAAUCACCACAUCCCUCUGCCAGCCAACUGGAAAAGCCAGGUGGAGCCAGAAACACUGGCUGUCAUUCACUGGAUGAGCCGCUACAACUUUGUCCUCUCAGCCAAUCUCCAUGGUGGCGCUCUAGUGGCGAAUUACCCCUACGACAAAGCCCAGGAACAGCGAAGCCGGGGCUAUCAGCGCAAAAGCAACACCGCGUCCCCCACUCCUGAUGACAAGCUGUUCCGGAAGCUGGCCAAAGCCUAUUCCUACGCCCAUCACUCGAUGCACCAGAGCCCAACCUGCGGAGAACAGUUUGCAGAUGGCAUCACCAAUGGGGCCUCCUGGUAUUCUCUCAGCAAGGGCAUGCAGGACUUUAAUUAUCUUUACACCAACUGCUUCGAGAUCACUCUGGAGCUGAGCUGCGAUAAAUUUCCUCCUCAAAAGGACCUGGAGAAGGAGUGGCUCGCGAAUCGUGAGGCGCUCAUCACCUACUUAGAGGAGGUUCAUCAGGGUAUCAAAGGGCUGGUGUCCGAUGAGAACAACAAUGGGAUUGCAGGUGCUGUGAUUUCUGUCAAUGGGAUCGGCCAUGAUGUCACUUCCGGUGACCAGGGAGAUUAUUUCCGGUUGCUGCUGCCUGGCACUUACACCAUCACUGCCUCAGCAGAUGGGUAUCGACCACAGACGGUGACAGUAACAGUCGGCCCAGCCGGGCCUUCGCUGGUCCAUUUCCAGCUCAAACAAGACACAAUAAAGGGGCCCAUGGAAAAAAAGGCCCCAGCCACCAGCCUGAGCAGCAAAGCCCUUCAGAAGAAGGUAGUGCCGAGAGCAGCCCGUAAGAAGACACAGAGAUGAAGAUGGCGCAAUCGGCCAAGAACUGGAGGAGUCCUAUGAAGCAGCUGAGAUCGAGAACUCCAGCAAGUGAACGUCCUAAUGCAGCAUAACAAGCCCAAAUUGCCUAGUUUAUUAAAUGCAGAAAUAUUUAA